AUGAAUAAUGCAAAGUAUAUUUCCUUUUUUUUAUUUUUAAUUUUCGUUGUUUUGCAAAAACGUGCCUAUUCUCAUGAUGAUCUUUUUAAUGAGAACGUGAAAAUUUUACAUACUGGCGAACUAAGCAAGUUUAUAACAGAUAAUGACAUUGUUUUGGUCAUGUUCUACGCACCAUGGUGUGGACAUUGUAAAAGGCUAAUUCCAGAAUACAACGAGGCAGCAAAUAUAUUGUUAGAAAAGAAAAGCGAAAUAAAAUUAGCGAGCGUAGAUGCAACGACAGAGAGUGGACUAGCCCAAGAAUAUGGAAUAACUGGUUAUCCCACUUUGAUUCUAUUCAAUAAGAAAGUUAGAGUAAAUUAUGGAGGAGGUAGAACAGCGCAAUCAAUCGUAGAUUGGUUAUUACAAAUGACAGGUCCAGUGUUUACAGAAAUAACAGGAAAUAUAGAAGACGAGUUAAAGGAAAAAAAACCCUCUGUUGCCUUUUACUAUGAAUAUAAAUCGAAAGAUGAUGAACUAUAUAAAAAAUUUAAUGAGGUAGGUGACAAAAAUCGUGAAAUUGCUAAAUUUUUUGUUAAGAAAAAUGAUAAACAUAAUAAAAUUUAUUGUUACAGGAAAGAUGAAAAAAAAGUAGAAUAUGAUGAAAACACCGAUUUAUCUGAGUUUGUUUCAACAGAAUCCUUUCCAUUAUUUGGUGAGAUAAAUACUGAAAAUUAUCGAUUUUAUGCAGAGAGUCCGAAAGAAUUAGUAUGGGUUUGUGCUACGAUUGAACAGUAUAAUGAGAUAAAAGAAGAAGUACGUUUAGCUGCAGCAGAAUUAAGAAAUAAAACACAUUUUGUUUUAUUAAAUAUUCCUGAAUAUGCAGAUCAUGCUAAGGCAUCAUUAGGCUUAAGUGAAUUUCCCGGUUUAGCAUAUCAAUCGAGUGAAGGAAGAUAUAUAUUAACAAACCCUAAGGAAUCUUUACGUAAUCAUAAAGCAAUUAUAGCCUUUUUUAAAGAUGUAGAAGCAGGGAAAAUUGAAAAAUCUCUUAAAUCAGAGCCCAUACCAGAAGAUGAUAAAAAUGCACCCGUUAAAGUAGUUGUAGGGAAUUCAUUUGUAGAUGUAGUUUUAAAAAGUGGAAAAGACGUACUAAUUGAAAUAUAUGCACCUUGGUGUGGACAUUGCAAAAAAUUAGAGCCUGUUUAUGAAGAUCUUGGUAGAAAGUUAAAGAAAUAUGAUUCCAUAAUUAUUGCAAAAAUGGAUGGUACUCUAAACGAAACACCAAUUAAAGAUUUCGAAUGGUCAGGUUUCCCAACCAUCUAUUUUGUAAAAGCAGGAACUAAAGUUCCUUUGCCUUAUGAGGGUGAAAGGUCCCUAAAAGGAUUCGUAGACUUUUUAAAUAAACAUGCUACCAACACACCUAUUUCUGUUGAAGGGGUUCCUGAAUUUGAAGAUGGAACUACAGAAGAAUUGUAA